UACAAGUUUAGCAGGCUAACUAUGAGCUGUUACUGUGGCUGAGCUGGUUAAAGCGUAAAGCCUUGUUUAAACUUGACGCGUCUGGCCAUCACUUGAGGUGUUUAUGGCUAGCUUCUAGGUUUCUCCGGCUUCUCUUUCAAGGUAGUGACGAAACACGCUCUGUAGCGCUGUUUGUUCGCUGUCGGCUACGGUACAAACAUGACGUCACAAUAUGUCGAUUGUAUACCUGCAGUUAUGUAGAUAUGUCUCAUUCUAAGGUAAUAAAAACAUUACGGUUUAUUAAGUAAGUUCUUUAUACACAACUGCAAAUAUAGUUAUGGAUGUCUUAUUGCAUUUCUGUUAAUAGAUACUCAGAAUUUUUAACACAUUGCAUCUUUAAAAGAACCCUUUUUUUCUUGUGUCCAACAUUUUAAUAUAAUACAAAUACAAACAACCUUUUCCACUUUAAAGAUCCUUCUGUGGAAUGGAAAGGUUCCAUAGAUGGAAAAGGUUCUUCAUUGAACCACACAUUUAAAUAAAGAACCAUUAGAGUAGUUACUUUUCUAACAGAAUGAUGAGUCUAGUGCAACAUAUGCAAAAUCAUUCAAAUCAUUUGGGAUUUUCAUAUGCACCAACAUAAUCAUCAUUGUGUAUGUGACAUUUUUUUCUGUUUAUCACGUAAAACUUGUUCUACUUUUUUUGUCCCAGUAGUACCUAUUUGUGCUUCAAAAUAAAUUUUGUAUAUACAUUUAAAAAAAGUGUUACAGUAUUUUUUAACAACAAUAUUAGGUUAGACUUACAAUUAAGUUCAAAUCAGUCUCUCAUGGGGUUAGUCAAGGAUUAAUGUUAAUAGGCUUUACUCCACUGUACCUGCAGUCAUGUCGUGCACAGACAUAGAGUGGAUGUUACAUUUAUAGGAGACCAUGGAUGCCUCAGUUAUAUUUCGUUUGAUUGUUUUCCUUCUUUUAUUAAGUCAUAUUAGCUCAGAGUGUUUUCCAGGAUGUUCAUGUGGGGCUGACCGUUUUGGGAGGUCACUCACAUGUAUGGGAAUUGCAUUAACCCAGAUUCCUGAUGACGUACCGCAAGAUCUGACUAAAAUUCGAAUAGAGAAAUCACAGCUAAGUGAACUACCAAAAGCAGCGUUUUCCCAUAUUAAGUGUCUAAAGCAUCUCUGGCUGAAUUUCAAUGACAUCGCCAUCAUAAACAUCAAAAGUCUGGAAGGUAUGGGUAACUUGACGGAGCUCCGGUUGCAGGGUAACAAGCUGCGUUCAGUGCCAUGGACAGCGUUUGAGGAAACGCCCAACCUCAAGAUUUUGGAUCUGAAGAACAACCGCAUUGACGCGCUCCCCGAACACGCGCUUAAGUUUUUGCCAGGUCUCACCUAUUUAGACCUGUCCUCUAAUCAACUCUCAGUCAUUUCUAAAGAUGUGUUUAUGAACUGGCCUCUCUACCACACAGAAAGUAAGCACGAAAAACCUUCAGCGUCAAAUGUUGUUCUGGCGCUUCACGACAACCCGUGGUUGUGCGACUGUCGCCUGGGAGGCUUCAUUGAGUUUAUCAAAUCGUUGAGUCCGCCCUUCAUUUUAAUGAACUCAUAUUUGACAUGCUCUGGCCCGGAAUUCAAGGCAGGGAAAUUUUUCCAUGAUGUCGAUUUAAAGACGUGUGUGAAGCCAGUGGUCAGCGCCCCAGUCAACAACAUCACCGCGCCUUCAGGCAGAAACAUCACGCUAACAUGCUUUGUCACGGCCAGACCUGAACCUGCCAUUCGGUGGACAUACGGUCUUAAGAUACUAAGAGGAUUUCGUGAGAUUCAGAACCGUGUGGAUGAAGACACUAUCAGGUCUCAGCUGAUCAUUCCUUCGCUCCAUCUGGCCGACAGAGGACUCUACACCUGCUUUGCCAACAAUUUCAUCGGCAACUCGUCAAUCGGUAUAUUACUGGAUGUGACAUCUCCAGAAGGCUCACUCUCUCAUUCCUCAGACCUCCCUACUGCCAUUGGAGAGGAAAAUGUUUACAUUGAUAUCCGAAUUGCCAAGCAGACAGUGUAUGGCAUUACAAUUGAGUGGCAUGCUGUGACAGACAAUCCAGCAGAAACCUGGUUCACCAUUCAUUUUGGCCGCUAUGACACACUUAAGAAAGAGCAGAUAUACAUAGGACCAGGUAUUAAUACAUAUUCUGUCACAGACCUGCUACCAGUCACUAAGUAUGAAAUCUGUGUUACUCUAAAGAACCAGGCUCCUCGAAAUGGCCAGUGCAUCGUGUUCGUGACAGGCAGUGAUUUCAAUGAAAUGCAACAGAGAGAAAAACUCAUUCAUAUUGUCGUAAUUGUACUUGCCAUGGUGCUCGCUGUGCCCGCGGGAAUGUACGCCUGCACCACCGAUGCCAAGUUCACCUGCUUUGAGCGUUGCACGGAGAUGUGGAGAAACAGGAGAAACACGGAGCACUCACACUCAUCUGACGAGAGGCAGGGCACGUUUGACAGUCUCCAGGCCGCCAGUGAUGAGGGCCUCUGCAAGGAGUCCAGCAAGGAGAUAAAGGCCCGACGAAGGUCUGCUGAAAAGAUACAGAAAAUAAAGAAUGAACGAAGACCAACAGCUGAGCUUUACUGACACUGCACAUUGAAAAGAGACUGAUCAAUACCCAUGAAAGGAGCAGGAAAGCCUCAGUGCAUUGUCAUCCAGCUUGAGUGGUCAACAGGAGAUCGGAGUAAAGUUCAUAUUCUUAUUACGGAUGUCUCGAUUGAUCAUGAACUCUCGGAUCAGGUGCAGCUGGAUAGGAUUUUUCCAGACAAACUGGCGAAAACCAAAGGAAGCCAUUGAAUAAAAGCAAAGUCACUGAAUCAAACACUUCUAUCAGCCGUAUUCUACAUGGCAUAAGCAAGCUAUUUUCAUUGAAUGUUUGACACUUCAGAUUCAGAUACAGUAGGUAAAUAACCAAGAAUAAUAAGUGCUGCACACCAGUGUUUAUGAUUAUAAUAAUUAAUUAAAAUAACAUACGUUUGCAAUAAAAAGUUAUAUAACAGGCUGUUUCUGUACUGGUCUCCAACAUUCAAGUUGCAAAUAGCCAAGCCGCUUUAUUGGCAUCAAUGGUUUCAAUGAAGAACCUUUAAAAUCUAUUGAACCUUUCCAUUCCAUACAAGGAUUUUCUUUAGAUUCGAAAAAUGGUCUUUUAAAAGAACUGUUCACUGAAAAAAAAAAAAAAAAAAAAAAAAAAAAAACCUUU